AUGACGGACGUCCGGUCCAAGAACCUUUACGAGCUUCUUGGCAAUGAUCCCGAGUUAGACCCCAGCAAACCCCCCGCUCCUCCCACGAAAGCUAUCGACAAGCCCGCACCCCGUGUAGGCAAGCGUGAUGCCCCCAAGGAGGCUCCCAGCCAGCCCCGUGCCGGCCAGAGCUCUCGCCGUGGUAACUUCUCUGGCAAUGAGGCCGCUUUCCGUGACCGCAACGCUGGCCGCAACCAGAACCGCGAGAAGCCCACCGAUGAGAGGGAAGGUGGCGCCCGCCGUGGCGGACGUCCCCGUAACGACCGCCAGUCCCGCACCGGUCAGACUGACACUGGAAAGAAGGUGAACCAGGGCUGGGGUGGCCAGAGCGGCGAGAAGGAAUUGGACGAUGAGCGCGCCGGUGAGAAGAUCGCCCAGGCCGACGAGAACGAGCCCCAGACUCCCGCCGAGGAGGCCGAGCCUGCUGACAAGGCCAAGUCGUAUAACGACUACCUUGUUGAGAAGGCCGCUGCCGGUGACUUCAGCGCCAAGGCCGUCCGUGCCGCCAACGAGGGUUCCAAGGCUGAUUCCAAGUGGGCCAACGCCAAGGAAUUCAAGCGUGAAGAGGACGACGACUACAUCAAGGGUUCCUCUGACAAGGCCAAGCGUGAGAAGGCUCGCAAGGAGAAGAACAUCCUUGAGGUCGACAUGCGCUUUGUCGAGGCUCCCCGUGGCAGCAGCGGUCCCCGUGGCCGUGGCGGCCGUGGCGGCCGUGGUGCCCGUGGUGGCCGUGGUAAUGGUCCCCGCGGCGAGCGCACUGAGCGCAGCGCUCCUGUCACCGUGGACGAGAAGAACUUCCCCAGCCUUGGCGGCAAAUAA